AUGACUAUCUCAUCGCUGGCAAAUGCUGGCGGUCUUGUGACGAGCGCAGCGAUUGUUGGAGGGAUGAAUGUAGUCGGGUUUGCGAUAACAGCUCUGACGGGAACACACCUGGUGACGGACUUGAUUGGGACUGGGUCUUUCGCGAUCUCAUCCAUAGCGUCGUUGCUGAUCGGGCAUGGAGGAGGAACGAGAGCCCUUGUGUCGACUGUGUGCAUCACCACUUGGAGCAUCAGGCUAGCCAGCUUCCUGUUCCUGCGGAUAUUGAAGACAAAGAAGGACGCCCGGCUGUCCGAGGUUUUCUCAACCCCUUUCAAGAUGAUGUUGUUUUGGUUCGCCUCCGCCAUGUGGGGGUUCGUUUGUCUCAUCCCGCACUCGAUGCUCUGCUUUCAGAAGGAAGAGGUAGCGAUGCGGGGUGUAGACUGGCUUAUGACCUCGUGCUUCGCCGCCGGGUUUGCGAUCGAGUCUGUCGCUGACUGGCAGAAGUGGAUUCACAAGCGCUCUAAGGAGUCAGCACACACUCUUUGCAGGAGUGGAUUGUGGAGUCUUUCGCGGCACCCCAACUACUUUGGAGAGAUCCUUGUCUGGACAGCUUUGUGCGCACUGGAUGCGUCGGGACUCAGAUCUCUAAACGAGAUCCUGCUCUCCUUUCUCUCCCCGGCCUUCAUCUCCUGGCUGCUGAUCUCAGUCAGUGGCGUACCUCUUGCAGAGAAGAAGAUGGAAAAGAGGUUUGGCAGUGACGAAGAUUAUCGUUUAUACAAGGCAAACACGCCGUUGCUUGUUCCAAACAUUCUGAAACUUCUUCGGAAAUAA